AUGUCUGUCCCCACUUUAGGCUACUAUAAGGUGCGAGCAUUUGCUCAGCCAUCCCGACUACUACUGAAAUACACGGGAACUCCAUUUACGGACAAGUAUUACGAGUUUGGGUCCACUCCGGAGACCUUACGUGAUCACUGGUAUAAAGAGAAGUUUACGUUAGGACUGGACUUCCCUAACGUUCCCUAUUAUAUCGAUGCGAACGUAAAGCUCACCCAAAGUAUCGCUAUUUUGCGAUAUUUGGGUCGAAAACACGGUUUAGUGGCCAGGGAUGAGACCGGACUCGUGCGACAAGAUCUGGUGGAACAGCAGCUCUUUGACUACAGGACAGGGUUUCUGCAAACUGUGUUCAAUAAAGAGGGCUUUGAAGCAAACAAAAAGAAAUUUAUUGCCGAAACACUUCCUCAAUGGUUGGAUCAGUUGUCGAAGUUCUUGGGCAGUGAUCAGUGGCUCACCGGAAAGACAUUGACUUAUGUCGACUUCUUGGGCUACGAAGUCCUCGAUUGGUUCCGACUGUUCAGUCCGGAGACCAUCAAGAAGUACAACAAUUUGGUUCAAUAUUUGGAUCGAUUUGAAAAUUUGCCACAAAUUAAGGCUUAUAUGAAGUCCAAUGAGUUUAUAAGUUGGCCACUGUUUGGACCUGUUGUUCAAUGGGGGUAUAAAAAGUAA